UCAAGCUGUAAACAUGAUAAGUGGUGGAAACUAUUUCAUUGUUCAUAUCUAACUGGUUUCCUUUCUUUUCUCUUUCUUUUUUCUCUCUUUUAAAAAUCUUUGUGACUUGUUUUCGAUUAUAUUUUUCUAUUCUAAAGAGAAAAGAAUUUAUCUCUCUUUUUUUUUAUUUUCUCUCUUUUUUCUUUUCUCUCUCAUCCAAUGAUCCAAUGACUUUUUCCAUCAUCAACAUCAUCUUUAAUUGUUUAAUUCUGACUCAAGAACAACAGACUGUCUUCUUCUUCUUGUUCUACUAAUUGUUGAUCAAUUUUUGUUUUAUUCUUCAAAAAGAAUAUUCUUUUUCUUUUCUUCUCUCCUUGUAUCUUCUUGUUUGGUGGAAAAAAAGAAUAAUUUUUGUUCUUUUCUCUAGUUGUGUCUCCAUCUUUGUGUCUGUGUUGUGUUUACUUAUUUUUCUUUUCUUCGGCUUAUUCGGUGUUAAUGUUCUUAAUCCGGUCUUAUCUUAUUAACUCUAGUGGACAAUUUUGUGGGAAAUUAACAUUGACCAAAAUGGAUUCAUCAAUUACCAUGGACUAAUUACUAAUUCCAUACAUCCACUAAUUGAUUAAUUUCAAUCUAAUUGUUUUUGUUUUUCUUCGUUUUUUUUUGUUUCUUUUUGUUUUCUUCGGAUAUUUUGUCCAAAAUCUUUAUUCUUCUUUCAUUCUCACAUGGCUUAUCACCAUUUCUGUGUCACUUUAUCAUCUUUAACACUUACACUUGCUUUCUUACUUCAUUUCUCACCGACGAUUUAUUCAAAUGCUGCCGAAUUGUUUCAAGAUGAAACAAGAAAGUCUAUUGUUUCUGAAAAAUCUUUACCAUUACGACCUCCUGUCCGGAAUGAUCGAGGUCACAUCGAGUAUAAAACAACCUAUGCCUGUGAUGGAAAUGUUCUGAGUCUCUCAUGUAGACCAAAUGAAUCAAUUCAUUUAGUUCGAGCCAAUUAUGGUCGUUUUAGUUUAAGUAUUUGCAAUGAUGGAGGUAAAUUGGACCUUCGAGUAAAUUGUAUGUCAUUUAGAUCUUAUCUUAACAUGCAAGACAGAUGCUCUGGUAAAUCAAAAUGUAAUGCUACUGUCUCAAGUAAUUUGUUUGGUGACCCUUGUCCAGGAACACCUAAAUACCUGGAAGUUCAAUAUCAUUGUGUACCAAAUUUGGCUCCAACAUCGUCUUCAUCAUCACCCUCUUCCUCGGUAUCAUCUUUACCAUCAUCCGUAUCAUCAUCAUCAUCAUCAUCAUCAUUACCGUCAUUAUUACCAAUUACUUCAACAACCCGACGACCACCCUUAGAUGCAGCCUUACCUAUUGAUGCUCGAAUCCUGAGACCGUCCACUAAACUGAUCGAUCGGCAGAUUGAAUCAUCAACCACCUCCUAUUACGCACCAUCACCCUUACCACCCCUGCAACCACCACCAUUGCCACCACCACCACCGCCACCGUAUUCAAAUAAUAAUAAAAAUGAUGAUGGUUUUCUGAAACACAUAUUACCUAAAGCAACAAAUGAUUACCAUAAACCACAAGUGUAUCAUAAUACAUAUCCAUCAUCCAUAUCAAAUGUUGGUGAUGUCUUAUCAACUCAAAAUAAACCUUCAACACAACCAACAACAAUUGUCUUCCGUCAUCUUCAUGAGGAUAAUGUUUUCUCACCUAAAUGUGUUUACUGGUCACCUAAAGCAUCUGAUUGGUUGUCCGAUGGUUGUUCAGUUGCUUCAACUAAUAUAACUCAUACUAUUUGUCAAUGUGAUCAUAUGAGUUCCUUUGCAUUAUUAAUGGAGGUUCGUUCACCAUCAUCAGCUGAUGAUGUUGAUGAAAGAUUGUCCAAACUUCAAAGUUUUUCAUCUAGCCAAGCAUUGAUAAUCAAUUCACGGGUUAUUGGAGAGACAAUUGAUCAUGAUUCACUGUCUCCAUCAUCUAUAGUAAAUUUUGCCGAUUUUCCAUCAUCUCAUAAUACACCUUUACCACAACCGAUAACCAUUGUUUUCCGUCAUCUUCACGAGGAAAAUGUAUUCUCACCUCGAUGUGUUUACUGGUCUCCCAAAGUAUCCGACUGGUCAACCGAUGGUUGUUCAGUUGCCACCACCAAUUUAACCCAUACAGUUUGUCAAUGUGAUCACUUGAGUUCCUUUGCUUUAUUAAUGGAAGUUCAUUUACCACCAUCAUCAUCUUCAUCGUCAUCAUCAACAUUUAAUUUAGAUGAUGAUGAAAGUAUACCCAUUAAUUGGUUACGAUUAGUGGUCAUCAUUGCAUCUGGAAUCAGUGCUUUGUGUCUUUUGUUUAUCUUAAUGAUUUUGUACACUAUCCAUGGAGAUAAUCGUGAAGUCCUUUCCAUCCAUAAAGAUCUUUGUCUAACAUUACUUAUUGUUCAGGUUACCUUUUUCAUUGGAAUCUUUCAAACAGAUAAUUUACUCCCAUGUAUCCUUUCCGCUGGAAUACUUCACUAUUUCUUACUUUCUUCCUUCUUGUGGACAUUCCUUGAAUCAUUUGACCAUUUUCUUAAUUUAAUUGAAGUUUUUGAAACAAUUAAAACAACCAAUCGUAUUUGGUGGUAUUAUUACCUUGCUUUUGGAGGACCAGGUCUUGUUACCUUGUUAUCACUUUUCAUCAACCCUCACUCUUAUGGAUCUGCCAACUAUUGCUGGAUAAGAAUUGAUAUAACCCUUUGGUUAACCCUUGUGGGUCCUUGUGUACUUGCACUGAUCGCCUCCUUUGUAUUCAUUUGUAUAUCUGGAUUCAUUGUUUGCCACAAUAGCGCCAUAUCAACAGCUCUAAAAGGCAAAGAGCAAUUAAAAGUUGAAGAUAUUCGUUGUGGCCUGAAAUGGAUUACAUUUCUACUUUUAUUCCAGUGUAUCAAUUGGAUUACCUGCUAUGCCUAUUUAACUAAUCAAACUUCAAUCCCAUUGGGAUUAACUUUCGCCUGUUUCAAUUGUUUACUUGGAUUUUAUUGUAUAAUAUUUUGUAUCAUCCGAACCGAUUCAGUUCAACAUCAUAAAAUCGCUCAACAUUUACCUCUAAUGGAUUGGUGUUUUGAUGGAAGUGAAACUGUAACUUCAACCAAAGAAAGUGUCUUCGUAGGAUCAACACACAAUGGCUUAAAUCACAAUCAUCAUCAUCAUCAUACACAUUCAUCAAGUCUUUAUGGUCCCAGUCCAGUGAUACCGGUGGUAACUCAUGUAACAACACAGGUUUCACCCUAUUCUGAUGGUACAAUCAGAACAUUUAAAACAUCACAUAUAAUCAAUAAUACACUGGCACUUUACGAGUCAAUUGAAUCACCGCCACCACCAUUAGCAACAUCGUCAUCAUCAACAUCAUCUACAAAUAAUAGUGGAUCUAAUACUUUAAAUAAUUUACAACAAUUAAACAAUCGUCCACAAAAUCAUCAUAAUAAUCAUAUUGUAAAUAAUAUUCCAGCAACAUCAACUGUGGUUACAUUAAUGGGUAACACUAAUGGUACCACAACAUUUUUAUCUAUGUCACCAUCAUCUUCAUCUUCAUCAACCGGAGGAAUAGCAGGAGGGAAUCAACAGAAACAACAUCAUCAACAGCAAAUUCAACAACAACAUUUACAGCAAUUACAACAAAAUCAACUAAUUUCAUCUCAACAACAUCAUCACAAUAAUAUGUCUCUUGGUGUUUAUGGUCAAUCAACAAUGCCACAUACUAACAAUUUAAAUUUAAACAAUUCAAAGAUGAUAAUCGGAGGAGGAUUAGGAAGUAAUCGUAAUCAUUCAUCAUUAAUGUUAAACCAAUCACUUGGUCUCUAUGAAUCGAUUGAACCUCCAUCACCAGAAUCAUCACCGACACCUUAUCAUCACACAUCUCGUAAUCAAAUUUACCUUGGCCAUGGGUCUCUAAGUCAACAACAUCAUCAACAACAACAUUUAAUAGGAACAACCUCUGGAAGAAAACAUAGAAUGCUGAUUCCAUCAGAUUUUCCUGUAUAAUAAUAGAAACACAGACCAGCAUAAUUACUGCUAUCUAAUUGCUAUAAAUAUAAUAAUUAUUGCUACAAGAAAAUUGAACAAGUCAUGAUGAUAGAAAUUUACAGUUAAUAUAUAAUGAUGAUGAUUUAAAGUGUAAAUCAACUCAUUCCAAACUGCCUGUUGAUCUUCAUAUACAAUUACCAUCAACACAAAACAAAAACUCAAUAACUCAAUUGGAUUGAAAAGUUGAACAAGAAAAUUACGAUUUCCAUGUAAUCUAUGAACAAGUCAGGCUACAAUUUCCACUGCCGAUGGAUUUUCUGGUUACUUUCCAUCAUCUUCCCUGGAAAAGUUGAUGAUUUAUCUUUAAUGAGGGACAAUACCAAUAAUCUGUACUCAUUUAUACGAUAACUCAAUUCAAGUUAAAUUACGAAUGACCAAUUACCUGGAACACGCUGAGGGCGGCAACUUUUUGCUCAGCAUUUUCAAUACAAUAGUCAAACCAAUCACUUAAUAUAAUGACUGACGACCAGCAUUUCUUGGCCACAAAAAAAUGAUACUCUAUGGCCUAGAUCAAAAUGAUUAACUUGCUGUCCAAAUGUCAAAGUUAUCAGGUUGACCAAUAAUUGGAAAGCGACUUUGGGUUGAUUGUUUAUUGUCACAAAAUCGCCAUAUCAACAGCUCUAAAAGGCAAAGAGCAAUUAAAAGUUGAAGAUAUUCGUUGUGGCCUGAAAUGGAUUACAUUUCUACUUUUAUUCCAGUGUAUCAAUUGGAUUACCUGCUAUGCCUAUUUAACUAAUCAAACUUCAAUCCCAUUGGGAUUAACUUUCGCCUGUUUCAAUUGUUUACUUGGAUUUUAUUGUAUAAUAUUUUGUAUCAUCCGAACCGAUUCAGUUCAACAUCAUAAAAUCGCUCAACAUUUACCUCUAAUGGAUUGGUGUUUUGAUGGAAGUGAAACUGUAACUUCAACCAAAGAAAGUGUCUUCGUAGGAUCAACACACAAUGGCUUAAAUCACAAUCAUCAUCAUCAUCAUCAUACACAUUCAUCAAGCCUUUAUGGUCCCAGUCCAGUGAUACCGGUGGUAACUCAUGUAACAACACAGGUUUCACCCUAUUCUGAUGGUACAAUCAGAACAUUUAAAACAUCACAUACAAGCGCUGACACUUUGUAAAACACCAACACCAGAAACUUUUCUAUCAAUUUAGUUCACACUUUUUUCACCGGAGGAAACAAGCGGUCAACCAUUUUCUCAUCUACAAUAUCUACUUUCCAUUGGACGAGUGUUGUUUCCAUCCACACACUAACAUUGUGUUUAUAUUCAGUCAACAGUAGCCAACAUUUAAAUUUAAUCAUCAAAUUUACCUUGGCCAUGGGUCUCUAAGUCAACAACAUCAUCAACAACAACAUUUAAUAGGAACAACCUCUGGAAGAAAACAUAGAAUGCUGAUUCCAUCAGAUUUUCCUGUAUAAUAAUAGAAACACAGACCAGCAUAAUUACUGCUAUCUAAUUGCUAUAAAUAUAAUAAUUAUUGCUACAAGAAAAUUGAACAAGUCAUGAUGAUAGAAAUUUACAGUUAAUAUAAUGAUGAUGAUUUAAAGUGUAAAUCAACUCAUUCCAAACUGCCUGUUGAUCUUCAUAUACAAUUACCAUCAACACAAAACAAAAACUCAAUAACAAAUUGGAUUCGAGGAAAAGUUUUACUCUGUAAAAUAAUUUAUCAUCAUCAUCACUUUUCCUCCGGUGAAACUAAAGCUUGUAACUUUUCAUGUCCCUUCGUCAACCUCAACCUCAUCUUCAUCUUCAUUUUCAUCUUCAUCUUGCGUCUCUUCUCAAAGUGAUGGCUGUGAAAACAAUAACAAUUCUCUUCUCCCUUGUCUCCUUCUCUCUCCUCUCUCUCUCUUCAAUUUUUUUCAGAGAGUGAAAGAGAGAUCGCCUUUCAAGAAUUACUUUCAUUCUGUACAUCUUCUCUCUCUCUCUCCCUACUCUCUUCUCUUCUCAUCUCUAUCUUCAUUCUUUAUGGAGUCAACUACUUUACGCUUUCUUGAGUCUGAAAUGCAAUGUGAACUUGAAACUUUUCACAAGGUCACAGGGUUAUUUCUUCUUCUCUAUCCUUUUCUCUUUCAAUCUCCAUUUUCUUUGUUCAAUUUUUUUACUCUCAUCAUCUUUAUUAUUGUAUUUUGAUUGUUGCUUGACACAAAAUGAUUUACAAAUGGAAUAUCAAAAAAGAGCCAGAGGAAAAGGUUGAUUAACCAAUCAAUUGAUGAACUUUUACAGAAAUAACUUUUUACAUAUAAUAUACAAUAUACUUAUCUUCAUCGUUGAUGAUAUCGAUGAUGGACUCACAAUUAAGGAAGAGAAGAGGAGGAGAUGAUGAUGAUACUUUGAUGACAAUCAAAUCACAAUCUAGAAUAACAAUCAAUUUAUACAGAAUUUUGCUUUCUGCUGGAAAAUUUAUCUCCAACUUUACUACAGAUGAGAAAAAAACAAAUCACCGACAUCAAAUUACCGUUUGAUUAACUAAUUGUCUUUCCAAUCAAAAUCCACCACAACAAUAAUUAUUUUUGUCUUCUAAUUGGAACACUUAAUUUUUUUUUCUUCAUUUCUACACAUCAACACAAUGGUCAAUUCAAAUUUAAACCAUCAUGAGAUUAACCAUCAAAUUGAUCUAAUUUGAUUAGAAUACAAAUUUUUCUCCUUCAUCUUCCUUAUCCAUCUCUCUCUCUCUCUCUCUCUCUCUUCCGCUUCCUUUAAUGUACAUAUAAGUGUGUCCUCUCUCUCUCCAUCAUCUUGAUUGUGAUUAACUCUUCAUCUAACUCUUUUCUUUUCUGCUAAUAAUUUAAUUGUAAAUAACAAUAAUUUCAAUUGAAAUGAAAAUGAAAGACAACAAUUAAUUGUAAAUGAUUAAUGAUAUAUAACACAGAGCGUUUUUUUAUUGAUCUCAACACACUGAAUAACAACAAUAAAAGUAAAAAAUUUUUGUUUA